CAGUUCAACAAGGCGUAACUUUGUUUCGACUUUCCUAAAAUUGCAGGAGAUCAACCAGUGAAAGUUUAAGGGAUGUGCAACAGCUGAGAGAAGCAGAGAUUCACAUUUCGGAGGAGGAUUCUACUGUGAAAUUUGCACUCACAGCAAAGCCAUAAAAAUCAUCGGAACCUCUAUCAUUACGAUGGCCCUCUGGUCUGUAUCAUUUGUACUAUUGUGCGCAUGGAGACUGAGCUACGCACAGUAUGAGCACUUGGGUUACCCUCCGGGCUACCAGGGCCCUUCACAGGAUCUUUACACUGCUCCAGAGCUUCCUGCUGAUACGCCCAGGAUACAACUACGUCUGGCAGGAGAGAAACGCAAGCACAACGAAGGGCGCGUUGAGGUCUUCUAUGAAGGGGAGUGGGGGACUGUGUGUGAUGAUGAUUUCACCAUUCAUGCGGCCCAAGUUGUUUGCAGAGAACUGGGUUAUUUUGAAGCAGUCUCCUGGUCUCCAUCAUCUAAAUAUGGGAAGGGAGAAGGCCGUAUCUGGUUUGACAAUGUCCACUGCACGGGGAAGGAGAAGAGUUUGGCUCAGUGUGAGUCUAAUGGCAUAGGUGUGUCUGAUUGCAAGCAUACUGAGGAUGUUGGGGUGAUUUGCAGCGACAAGAGAAUCCCAGGAUUCAAGUUUGUUAACACCCUAACCAACAACAUCAAUAGUCUGAACAUUCAGGUGGAGGAUGUUCGUAUUCGGCCCAUCCUGUCAUCUUAUCGUAAGCGUGUCCCAGUGACAGAGGGCUACGUGGAGGUGAAGGAUGGAGGCAAAUGGAAGCAGAUAUGUGAUGAUGAGUGGACUCAGAUGAACAGCAGGGUCAUCUGCGGUAUGUUCGGCUUUCCGGGAGACAAGCGAUACAAUACCCGUGUGUACAAGAUGUUUGCCCGCAGGAGAAAGCCAACUUACUGGGAUUACUCCAUUAAUUGCACUGGAAAUGAAGCUCAUUUGUCUAGCUGUAAGCUGGGCCACACGCUCUCCAUUAAAGCCAAUAGCACGUGUGAGCAGGGCACUCCUGUGGUAGUCAGCUGCGUCCCUGGCAGAGCUUUCGCCCCGACUCCCAUGGCAGGAUUCAGGAAGGCCUUCAGACAGGAGCAACCCCUAGUGCGUAUAAGAGGUGGCGCUGUGGUUGGCGAGGGGCGUGUGGAGGUGUUGAAGAAUGGAGAAUGGGGCACGAUCUGCGAUGACAACUGGAAUCUCGUAGCAGCUACUGUGGUGUGUCGUGAGCUUGGAUUUGGGAGUGCCAAGGAGGCGCUUUCUGGAGGUCAGCUUGGACAAGGAAUGGGCCCUGUACAUAUGAAUGAGGUUCAAUGUUCUGGCUUUGAGAAGUCUGUCACUGAGUGCCCCUUCAAUAUGGAUAAAGACUCUGAAGGCUGCAGUCAUGAGGAGGACGCAGGCGUGAGGUGCAAUGUUCCUGCCAUGGGCUUCCAACAGAGACUGCGGUUGAGUGGAGGUCAUAACCCCUUUGAAGGCCGUGUCGAGGUUCUUAUGGAGCGCAACGGUUCUUUGGUGUGGGGGACUGUGUGCAGUGAGGGCUGGGGCACUAUGGAGGCCAUGGUGGUCUGCAGACAGCUGGGCCUGGGCUUUGCAAGUAAUGCUUUCCAGGAGACGUGGUACUGGCCUGGUGCAGUGAGUGCAGAUGCAGUGGUUAUGAGUGGGGUGAGGUGUUCGGGAACAGAGAUGUCUCUCUCCCACUGUCUGCAUCAUGGAGAAUAUCUCAGCUGCCCUAAAGGUGGAGGACGCUUUGCUGCUGGAGUUUCCUGCUCUGAGACUGCCCCAGAUCUGGUGCUCAACCCUCAGGUGGUGGAACAGACCACAUACUUAGAGGACCGACCUAUGUUCAUGUUACAGUGUGCUUAUGAGGAGAACUGCCUGGGCUCUACCUCCAGUGCCACCCCAGCCAACUCCUAUCGCCGACUCCUCCGCUUCUCCUCCCAGAUCCACAACAACGGACAAUCCGACUUCAGACCCAAAGCCUCCAGAGAAACCUGGGUUUGGCAUGACUGCCACAGGCACUAUCAUAGUAUGGAAGUGUUCACCCACUAUGACCUACUUAGCAACAAUGGCACCAAGGUGGCAGAAGGACACAAAGCAAGCUUCUGUCUGGAGGACUCAGAAUGUGACGAAGGAAUUGAGAAGAGAUAUGAAUGCGCAAACUUUGGUGAGCAGGGGAUCACAGUGGGCUGCUGGGAUACAUACAGACAUGAUAUUGACUGCCAGUGGGUGGACAUUACAGAUGUUAAACCAGGAGACUACGUAUUCCAGAUUGUAAUUAACCCCAAUUACGAGGUUGCUGAGUCGGAUUACACCAAUAACGUUGUCAAAUGCAGAUGUCGAUAUGAUGGUCACCGUAUAUGGAUGUAUAAUUGCCAUAUAGGGGGCUCCUUUAGUGCAGAGACAGAAGACACAUUCCCUGGCCUGAUCAACAACCAGGUGACCCAUAGGUAAAGGAGUGGUGCUAAAGAACAUCUAGAAACCCCGGCCAACCAGUGAGAUUAUCAAGAGCCCUGAACCACUACACCUCUCUAGAGGACCUUUCAUCUCUAAGUAGUAAUUCCAUGAUACUCGUUCAACUAUGCUCAGUGUCUCCACAGUUUUCUACUGUAUUACAGGACUGAACAUCACUUUUUCAAUCGAGAACUCGAUUCGAGACAGGAAAUGACUCUGAAGACAGCCCUUUGGCUGAGAUUAACAGACUGUAAAGCUGUUUUUUCCCUCUGACCGCUGAGCCAGUAGCAAUUCUGAAACCUCAUUCUUUCUCUCUUUGCUGCUGGUGUUGAAGAUGAAACUCUGGAUAACUCUCAAGUGAGCUCACUUCAGACAUGAAAGGAACUCUGGUGCACUUUUCUUUUUUUUUUUACUUGACAGGAUCUGUGGUUUAGGUCUUUUUGUAAGCGUUUCAAUAAGGUGAGAGGAGUUUCCUCAGAUGAGUCUUCUGAAAGAAUAUUACAUAUGUCUACAAAAAUAUAAAGGCUUGAAAAGACCAUUUCCUUUCCUUUUUAGUGACAUGCAUUUCAGGUAUAUACGUUGGCAUUUUGAAAACCAAGCUGAUUACUUCUGCUUAUAGAUAUUAUUGGUUAUUAUUUAAGUGUCUUUUGGGUUUGUAGUGGAAACAACUGAUACAUUAGAAAGAUAUGAUGAGCCCUACAAUAUUUUCCUAUUUUAACAGUAUUAUCAGAAAAUAUGUUGUUACAUUAUGAAUUGUAAUGUAAGAUUACUUUAAAUAUUGUCAGUAGCCUCAAGCCGUCCAAUUCAGAUCAGAGGUUCAUAAACACUGGCAUCCCAGGAGCAGGUGACCCUAUUUAAAUAUUUUUUUUUUUUUUUUUUUUUUUUUUUUUCCCUUGUUCUUCUCGUUAUUCUAAAUUGACUGAUGGUCAGUUUUUGUGGACAAUCAUUAUUAUUUAUGCCCUCCAUUCUGUAACUCUUAUGAAGCUGACUGAAAACAUCACAAGCAGUCUUGAUCCUUUCCAAGCAUUCAUACAAGAGUAUUCAUAGUAUUUCAUCAUACAAGUUUUAAAUAACUUAUUUUAAGACAGGGAUUUCAAAUGCUAUUUUGUAAUUUCUUCUUUUUUCAAUGUGGAAUGUCUCUCAUUUGUUGUCUGUCAAUGGUGCUAACAUAGUGUUAUCCUCUGUUUUUUGAGGGACCAUAUCAGCUACUUUUAUAUUAUGCUUACUUGAAUGGAUGUAAAAAUCAUGGAUGAAUGCGAUAAUAAACGUACAUUAUUUGGCAAAGAGAAA